AUGCCGCCGUGCGUCUGCAGGAGGCGAACCAAAACGGACCACUUUCUCACGUCAUUAGGGGUCCCGUUCGAGCGAGGAUACCUCUUUAGCUCUAAUGUUACCCGGUUUGACUUUCGGACUGGGAAGGCCGUGCCAUCCCUCGGCAACUCGACGGAGGGCCUCACCAACUGGGCGACGUUCUUGACGCAGCAUCCAUACUUGCGGGUCGGGAUCGACCUGCCCGACCCUGUGCCCGAGGAACUGCUGUUGCCGUUUGGCGAGUUCCUCGAAAAAUACAAAAUCGGUGCGGCGGCGGAGUUCGUCAGUCUCAACAACCAGGGCAUGGGCGAUUGGCUGCGUUACCCGGCCCUCUACCACCUGAAAUACUUCAGUCUCGAGACUCUGAUGGGCUAUGCACAGCAGAAAUUUAUUUUCAUUGCGAAUCGCAACACGAGCUCCGUGUAUAGCGCAGCAGCAGCCAGAAUUGGAUCAGCAAAUAUUCUGUACAGCGGUCGAGUUGUCCAAACCACCCGCGCUGGAGACGGAGACGGUACGCCCCACACGCUCGUUGUGCAGACCCCCCAGGAGCCCGUGGUGGUGGUGGCGAAGAGUCUUCUGCUAGCCAUGCCUCCAACCGAGUCAAACACGGAGGUGUUGGCUCUGGAGCCCAUCGAACAGCAACUUGUGCAACAGUGGAAACAUUCCUACUAUUAUGCGGGGGUCGUUAGAGUUACCGGACUCCCAGAGGAUAUGGUUAUUUACAACCGAGGCCUGAACACCCCUUUCUCCCUGCCCCCUCAUCCCUGCCUUUACGUCAUAAAUCCCGUAGGAGUGCCCGGGCUACGACAGGUGGUGUACGGGAGUGACACACCGCUGAGCGAGGGAGACGUCAAGGCGGCCAUUGCAAGGGAUAUUGUCGGGCUCCGUCGAGCGGGCUAUACCAAAGUCAGAGAACCCCAAUUCCUGGGUUUUACCGAUCACAGUCCCUACUCACUUUCAGUGGAACCUGAGACAAUCCGGGACGGGUACUACCGCCAGUGGAACUCGGUCCAAGGUCACCGUAAUACAUGGUGGGUAGGCUCGGCCAUGGAGUGCGCCAACUCGGGGGCAAACUGGAGGUUUGUUGACAAGAUCUUGGCACGGAUUGGGACGAUGUGA